AUGGGAGCAUUUAAUUUGGAGAUUGCACCAACAGUUGAGCCUCAAAACAUAGACCCCAGUUUGUUCAAUGGCAUGCUGGGGUUUGAUCAACCCCUUCCAGACCAAGAUGCAGGAGUCAUCUCGGGAGCUUCAGGUAGUGCGAAAUCUCCAUCCCUGACAGAGAUAGUGGACGCUCUGGACUCACCACCCCCAUCUUUUUGUCUCAAGCCAAUAUCAAAGUGUCCCAAAGCAUGCUAUGCAGACAUACACGACAUGAGCGGCAUCGUGGAUGCUAUAAUGAAGAACCCCGGACAGACGCCACUCGACGAGAUUCUAUCAUUAUUUCAGGGCGUCUUACACCAGUCUGCACAGUACCUUGCCUGCCAGAAUUGCGACACCGGUUGUCUCCGCUACAUUAAUCUCGUCAUGCUUCAUCAACGACAGGUCAACCUUCUCAGCGAACUUGCAGAAGAUCCAGGUGAAUACCUCAGGGGAGACAUGGCGAAUGCUACGUUGGGAGGGUUUCAGGCCUCCAAACAUGACGAUAUUGCGAUAAAGCAGUUGAUGGUCAAACACGCGACGAGAGAUGUCAUACUCUCGGUAAAUGCUGACCAUGAGAGCGCCACGGGGUUUCAAAAUAGAUAUACUGCGGGAACAUUGGAUUUGAGUGACACGGGAAAGCUUAAUGUGAAAUGGCUAGUAGAGGUUUCGGAGAACCUCCAGAGAACUCUUGAGUACGUAAAGGUCUCGCUGGAGAAGGACGAUUGGGCUACCAAGCUGCUAGAUGCAUGA